GUGGCAUUAAAAAUUCAAAUUGUUCAAUUCAGCACCAAUUCUUAAGCACAAUUCAGCACAUUUUAGGCACGGAAGUUUUAAGUCCCAAUGAAGCAAAGCUGAGCCGAGGGUUGUUAUCAACAAAAUAUUUUAUUAAAUCACAUUAAAACAAAAGUUAAAGACUUAAAAAGUGUUCAAAUUAAAAGAUAAUCGUUCAAUAAACAACUGAAAAUAAAAUGGCAGACGAAGCAGUUAAUCCUAAAGCCUAUCCAUUGGCUGAUGCUACAUUGACCACAAAGAUCAUGACGCUCAUUCAACAAGCUGUUAAUUACAAGCAAUUGCGACGAGGAGCUAAUGAGGCAACAAAGACUUUAAAUCGUGGAUUAUCGGAAUUUAUUGUUAUGGCAGCAGACGCAGAACCAUUAGAAAUUAUCUUGCAUCUACCUCUAUUGUGUGAAGAUAAGAAUGUACCUUAUGUAUUUGUUCGUUCUAAGCAAGCUCUUGGACGUGCCUGUGGAGUUUCUCGACCAAUCAUCGCUUGUUCAGUCACAUCCAAUGAAGGCUCUCAACUCAAAAACCAAAUUGUCUCAGUACAACAAGACAUUGAAAAGCUUUUGAUUUAA